AUGGGAGGCGGUCAAAUCCAAGUGGACAUCGGGGACGUCGACGACCCAGUCGACCCGAAGUUGCAAAUCGAAGACUUGUGCAAACCAAAGUGCGAUGCGUUUUUGAAAGCGUACGAGGCGUGCGCGGAACGCAUCGAAGGCGACGAAACGGGAGAGAAACAUUGCACGGGGCAAUACUUCGACUUUUGGUCGUGCGUGGACCACUGCGCGGUUGGGCCGACGAUGAAGCACACGAGUUAA